AUCCUAGAGAGUAAUUAUUUACAUGUAAAAUUCAAUCGAGUAAAGAUGGACACGAACGCGCUCGCCGAUCAAGCAAAUUUGAAAGAUGAGGAACAAUUUUUAAUUUCCGUGGAGACCACCUUGACUACCGUGAAGAACAAUAUUUACAACUUUAUCAAAGAUGUCCCUCAAGCGCUGAUCGACUCUGGAUUAGAGUUCGAUCUGGAAAAAUUAACCAUGGAAAACGAACAGAAGACGCAGCAUCUUAUCAGUUCGUUUCCGAAGUCGUUUACCGACGAAACGAACAAGGAAGGCACGAAGAAAAUAUCUGGCCUGGAACAGGAAUGCGAGAGAUUGCGUACGCAAUUGCAGCAACAAAUAGAGGGGAAUAAAAAAGCCCAAGAUGAGAUAGAGUACCUAAGAGAACAAAUACUAAAUCAGAGCACGUACUGCACAAGUUUGGGAGCAGUUUUGGGAAACCUGACUUGGCGUGCUUCCAGAUUUCGCGAAAUCGUCGAUGUAUGGCUUUCCUCGUUUCAGCACAACAUUGGUGAAUUUUUAUCGAUAACGGACGGAAGUUUCGUUGCAUUUAUAAAUACUUAUCGGAACGCUUUCCCCCCCACCAGUAACGUAGAAUACCAGUUCAUAAUUGGGCUAUUGGGCAUCGUGUCGAAUAUAUCUGCGAGUCCAGAGGGGCGUGAAUUUUUAAUUACCGAUCCUAACGGCAGAGACUUCGUGGAGAAGAUGGUGAAGCUCAUGCCCACUCUGCCUCUUUCGCAGGGUUCCCUUUCUUUGCAAAGAUUGAUGCUCAUGACAUUGUAUAACGUCAGUAUGAAUGAAACCGGUUUGCAGCAUCUGUUCGAGUCACGAGUAGGAGACGUAUUGAGCUACUAUUUGAAAAACAAUUCGCUACCGGAUGAAAUACAAUUGCUCUGCCUGCAGGUUCUCCACUCGAUUACAUAUGGUAUUAGCAAUCCGAAAUACAUCCACGAUCUGCUUUCUACUCUACCAAUAAACAAAAUAGAGGACACUGCAACAUCGAACAAAAACGAGAUGAGCGCCAUCGCCAAGCAGAUUGUAAAACACUUGAGAGACGCGAAGAAAUUCGUAACCUCCAAUUAAAUAACAAUUGCCAAUCAGAGUUAUGUGUAGAUUUUAAUCUAGGGGAGAGUUGGCAGAAUCUAUUUAUUUUUCUAUGUAAAAUAUUCUAGGAUGAAUCUACUCGUAUAAAAGUGUAUCGACACAUUUGUAUACAUAUAAGCUCGUAAAGGUCACGCGUUUAGAAUGGUUAUACUAAAAUGGAAAUUCAUCGUCAGUAAUUUUUUCCAUCUUAUACUUUUCAUUAGUCGACGAUUUCACACAUUUACAGUCAGAUUGUGUCCGCUAGAAUAACAAAGAAAUUGAACAGGUACGACAACUCUCCCUUAUUACGUAAGCUUAACGUCGUCGACGGGAUUCCACAAAUGUCAUCGAUUCAUUUGCGUUUUCAACAAAACGACGCCGAUUAUUUACAAUCGUAGAAACACACUUUAUACGAUGUUUUCGUCUGAAGCAACACGUUACGUUCCGACUGUAAUUGCGGCCAUGUCAAGCAUCAGUGUAUCCUUGGAACAUGUUCGUGACAGGUCCGAGAACUGUCGAAUAUCGAUCUGCCUUAUGUAGCUAUGAAAUAAAAGCAAUUGCGUGGGACAGCGUGUGGAACGGGCCAAAUCGAUUACGCGUACUGUUAUUGUGCAGCUAGCCGUGAACCAACGCUAAAACAUUUUUUAUCGAUAUUUUUCGCGUAUUUAAGCACAGUCGUGUCUAAAUUGACUCAAGCUUAACUGAAAUCAUUAUACGUUCGAUGAAAUUGUGUAUUCUUUAGUUCGUACAAUGCUACUCGAAGAAAACACGUGCGUCCAACACGUGUACAUUUAUAUUUAUCUUAAACAUUGAUUUUGUAGUUACGUUUUCUUUGUUCGUUGGAUGAACCGUUGCGACGGAAAGUCGACAUCGACACGAGAAACGCAUCGAUAGAGAAACGCUCGACGCGUUACUCUAAAUUUCAAUGUGCAUCGGUGGCCUUCGGGUUCGAAGGUUGCGGCAACGCCACAACAACGCUGCGGUAACUCGUUUCCGAGUCGCAACCCCGGCGAAAACAUUUACACGUGCGCAACGUUACGAACGUGUACUUCGCAGUUUCCAGCGAUCUCCCGUCUCGAUAAACCGGCAAUUACCAGCGCAUGAGAUUACAGCUGGCGAACCGUUGAAAAGGUAGCGUAACGCCUGCAACUUCUUAACCCGGUGGGUUGAAUCGAUCCCAUGGAGAUCGAUGCAUAUGCGCCAGGUUGCAGGUCCAGGCGAAUGCACCACGUUAAAUGCCAAAAUGGUGAUCAAUUCUUUUUAUUCCUGGUGGAAUGUAGACAAUGUCUUCUUUUCGUGUCGAACGUUCAUUGGGUACAGCGAAAGGUUAUAAGUUUGACCCGAUUCUAUAGGCACGAUGAAGCUAGUAAAAUCGAAUGCAAACGCUAUAGUCAGGGUUACCGUACCUGGGAGAGUAGGAAACGAGUACACUGGAUAUUCUUUGAUAAUCAAUGACUACAAGUUUAGCUACGAUAGCGUAUCGGAAUAGUUUUGUUAGUAAUUACAAGCAACGAAUUAACCAGCUUUUUAUUUUCUUGUAUCGAAGAGCGUACAUUCAAACAGCUUGGUAAUCCAAGUACAGAGACGUGUUUUGAUACGUUUGAUACCGAUACUUUGUAUAAAACCCUUCUAAGAAAUGUUUUCAAACGAUUAGUUACUUGUCAAUACGCGCGAUUGAUGUGUCGACACGUGUCAAUUACAUCAAGUUUAGUCUCGUUACGCGAUAAAAGUUAUAAUCAGAUAUACCGUGACUUAAUUACCAUGGUAGGAAGAACGUACAUACGAUUAGGAUAUUUCUUAAAAACGAAAGACCAUGCAGGUGCAAUUAGUACGAUCAAGAAAGAAGUUAAUUUCGCAUUCAAACAAACCAGAAUCCUGAUCGCCUUUACACGGCGUUUGACCAAGAUAAACCGAUAAGGCCGUAAUCUUUCGGUUCGCUGAGCAAAUACAUAUUGUUUUGUAUGCACAGAAGAUAUGGAAAAAAAAUGUUUAUCUUUAUCUCGCGGAUUAGACUGGUUGGAGCUCGGGUGGCUUUUGCAAAAUAAAAUGAAUAGGAAAAUAUUUGACGAGUUAUCGCUUUGAAUUUCAAGCUUUCUAUGGUGUCUUUCAUUUGAUGGCCAUUUCGAGCGGCCCAAUUGAAAUCGACCCGUUCCGAGAACAAAUUUUCCGUAGUUAGUUUCUAUAUAUGUAUAAGUAUACAUAAAUAUAUGUAUAUGUAUGUAUAUGUA